GGAGGUGCAGUCCUCAGUGACAGUGCAGAAGGGGAUGUGUGCCCACGUUCCCUGCACCUUCUAUGACGAUUCACUCUUACUCGAUGACCAUAUCACAGUUUAUGGUUAUUGGUUCAGAGAUGGAACUCAUGCUAUACGUGGCAGUCCCAUGGCCACCAAUAACCUAUUCCGGUGGGUGGAGGAGCACGCCGAGGGAAGAUUCCAUCUUCUUGGGGAUCCCAGCAUGAACAAUUGCUCUCUGAGUAUCACAGAUGCCCAAUCCUCAGACAGGGGGUAUUAUUUCUUCCGUUUUGAAAAAGGAAAUGUGAAAUACAGUUACAGAAAUCCGCUACUUUAUGUGAAUGUGACAGACUUGAUCCAGAAACCAGACAUCUCUGUUCCAGAGAUGCUAGAGUCAGGGAACCCAGUGACUCUCAACUGUACAUUUCCAUGGACCUGUGGGGAAAACAGAUCCUUCAAAUUCUCCUGGAUGGGGGCUGCCCUCUCCUCCAAGUCAGAGAGCUCUGGGGUAUCCCACUUCUCAGAGAUCUCCUUCAUCCCUGAGCCCCAGCAUCAUGGCACCAAACUCACCUGUCAGGUGACCCUUCCUGGAGGCCGUUUGAACAGAAAGAGAACCAUCCAACUCAAUGUAUCCUAUGCUGUGCAGAAUGUGUCCAUCACCGUCACCCAGGACAACAGGACAACAGUGUUUAUCCCAGAAAACAGCUCAGCUCUUUUGGUGCAGGAGGGACAGUCUCUUCUCCUGCUCUGUGCCACCAACAGCAAUCCCCCAGCUGCACUGAACUGGAUCCUGAGGGACCAAACCCUGGCCUCUUCCCAGCCCUCAGAUAAUGGUAUCCUGCACCUGGAUCUGCCGCAACUGAAGCCAGAAGAUGGAGGAAAUUACACCUGCCUUGCUCAGCAUCAUCUGGGCUCCAAGCAGGCCUCCCUGAACAUCUCUGUGCAGUAUGCCCCAAGGAUUCUCAGACCUUCUUGCUCAUGGGUCAAGGAGGGCUUGCUCUGUACCUGUUCUGUCCAAGCAGAGCCAGCCCCCUCCUUGCGCUGGUGGGUAGGGGGGAAGCCUGUGGAGGGAAAUACCAGCAACGACACCUUCCAGGUGACAUCAAACAGGUCUGGGCCGUGGGCCAACAGCAGCCUGAGUGUGAAGAUGGAGAGGGUCCCCAACAUCACUCUCAGCUGUGAGGGGAAGAACCCACAAGGGACCCACACCGUGCUCUUCCAUCUGGCACCAGAUAAGUCCGCGACACCUCUUGUGUUCCAAAAAAGUAUGAUCCUGGGUGUCCUCUGCGGAGCUGGCACCACAGGUCUGCUAGCCCUCUGCCUCCUUCUCAUUCUGGUAAAGAUGCUCAGGAAGAAAUCAGUGGUAGCAGCAGCAGGAGAAGAAUCCAGGGCACGAGUGGAGGACCCCAAGAGGCCAUCCUGGGAGGACCUGUCUCUCGAUCCCAUUUCACCAGCAGCAGACAUAGCCCCAACCCCAGCAGCUCCAGAGGAUGGACUAGAUGAGUCACAUUAUGCUUGCCUCAACUUCCAAGGAGCGAAAGUCAGAGAAGACCAUGUAUCCACUGAGCCCCUCACUGAGUACUCAGAGAUUAAGUUCAAAUGAGCAACUGUUGAGGCCUCAGCCUGGGUUCUAUGCUGGAUUGUUUGCAAGUCAUUUCUUCCCUGACAUUAUCAUAUUAUUCAUUCCACAAACAUAUUAAACACCUUCUCCAGACAGAUAUUGGAUAAGGCACAAUCCCCACGCUCAUGGAAAUUUCAGUCUAGUAAAGGGAUAAAACACAAGCCCAGUAUGGUGGCCCCUCCUCAAAGUUAGACUCUUCUUCACUGAUUGGGAUCCUCAGAGAGCCAUCUGCUACCUUGGGCUCCUUGGAUCACUUUUAUGGGCCACCAUACCUCUAACCCCAUAGCUUCUGAGCCCCCACCAGUGUGCUUCCCAAUAACAUUCAAAAGCACUAACAAGAACAAGAUUUGCAAAGCAUCCCUCUAUAAAACCUCAAACCCACUUUCCCACCAAUAAACACAGUGUAUAUCUGUAUUGAGGGAGAAAGGGAGCACUAAGUCUUAGUGAAUGAUAACGAGGCAUGUGUAUAACAAACAUGUGGCCAAGGUAACUUACAACUCUGGAACUGCAAAGCCUCAGUGACUUUUGUCUUUCCUGAAAUGCUCUUGCAAAGUUCACUGCUUAGCAUGGUACAUGUGCUAUAUUGCUGGCCUUGUUGCUAUGCUAGUCCAGGUCUGGGUCACUCUACUACUGAACAGUGCUAGCUCUUCACAGGGCAUAGCAUCUCAGUUGGAUAGGUCAGUCCCUUGGACUCACUUGGCCAAGUGUCUUUAUUGUUCCUUUGCUAAGCUGGGUUGGCUUGAUGAUUAGUGCUGCCAUAUCCAGAAUUUCCCAUUUCAGACUAUGCUCUAGGAGAGACACAGGAUUUGGAUGAGCCAAACUCUUCCCUCCAUGUAGCCUCCAGGCUAGCAAGGAAAUAAGAGACAAAUACAAGAACUGCUAAUAUGCCAUCAUAUAUAACAGCAUUAGUGAGAAACAGAGCAAAGUAAUGAGUAAGUCCCAGUAGUAAGGUCAUUUAUCAAACAUUUCAGCUUCAUGUUUACUAAGUAGCUACCAUGCAGGCCCUGGGUUUGGUGCUUGAGUAUUUCCAACCUAAUUUCACUUUUGAGGAAACUGAGAUUCAGAAAGAAACAGUAUCAAGUUAGACCUCAAAGGUUAUUAUGCCCAGCCCCCUCAUUUUAUGCCUCAGGUAAUUGAAGCCAAGGGAGAUUAAGUGACUUUCUCAAGAUAUACAUGUAUGUAGUAAAUAUCUGAGGAGAUAUCAAACCCAGGUCUUCCUCUCUCUGAGUCCAGAACUUUAUCCUUUAUACAGCACUGCACAAAAUAACACAACCAGCAAAGGAUAAGGCUAGAACUCAAACUCUCACUUAUUAAUGUCUAUCUUCUUUCUUUCCUUCUUUCCUUCUUUCUUUCUUUCUUUCUUUCUUUCUUUCUUUCUUUCCUUCCUUCCUCCCUUCAUUUCAUCUUUUCUUUCCUCCUCUUCCUGUUUUCUUUCCUUCCUUUCUCUUAUCGUCUCUGACUCUGUAUUUUUAUCUCUGUCUUUCUCUCCUAUGAUUUCUUCAGCAUAGGGAUAUUGCUACUUCUAGCUUUAAAGACAUAGUUACCUGAAUUGCCUAGGUUGCUUAGAGUUAAAUGACAUGCUCAGAAUCACAAAGCUAGUGGAGCCCAAAGAUGGUACAGCACUGGCUCUGAAAUUACAGGAUCUGGGUUCAAAUCCUACCUUUAUCACUUCUUACCCUUUGUGACCUUGCACAAAUCUCCUAUUCUGCUUGGCUUGAAAUUUGCUCACUUCUAAAAUGAAGGGUUUGCCCUAGAUCAUCUUGAAGGUAGCAUAUGCCUCCAAAUCUAUGAUCCCAGUUUUCCUGGUGGGGAGGCCAACUCUACCCUAGAUUUACCUUGCAAUGAAUUAACUGUUUAUAUUGUAUCUCCUCUUCCCCACACUCUAGGGAAAUGUGAGCUACUUGAGGAAAGGCCCUACCUUCUUCCUUUUGUCUCCCCAGUGCCUUCACUACAAUUCAUAUUUAAUAAAUCUUUGCUUAAUCAAA